CACCACUUCUUUCCUUUAUACUCUUCCCACCAAGAAAAACAUCUCACAAUUUCCUCUUUCCUUCUAUCUCUUCCUUCCCUCCCCUACAAUCCAUCUUUAGACGGUAUGGUUCCCAUCGUUUUGACCCAGAUGGCUACCGGUUUGGGUGUAUUGGCCGGGGCCGUGUUUGUCAAAUCGGUCAUGGACCAGAAACCCAUGGCCGGACCGUUUCAGAGAUGCCCCACUUGCAACGGCACAGGGCGUGUCUUGUGUAUUUGUUCCCGCUGGUCGGAUGGCGAUGUCGGCUGUCGGACUUGCUCGGGGUCUGGUCGCAGGGCUUGUAGCAGUUGCGGGGGAUCAGGUACGGGCCGCCCCAUUCCGGUCCAACUCAUUGUGCGUCAACCAACCAAUCGAAGCUUCUAGUUAUCGAGAUUUUGCUGUCCUUGAAUCACGACAGUCGUAAAAACUCUUAGCUUACUAUAAAUUUAUCUAUAUAUAUAUAUUUUUAGGAAUUUUAUUGUGUAAUAUAUAUAUGAGAGUGGAAGAGAGAGAUGGGGGAGGUUAGCAUCUUAAAAUCUUGUAUUGCAAUCACUCUAUUCAGAUUCUUAUCAAAGUUCAAACUGAAUUUAUAGCUUGCUUA